AUGAGAUCAAUCGCACCAAGUAAGAAAGGAUACACAAUGCCAGAAGUUACAGUUCGUUUCCCUCCAGAAAUCACACCAAUGAACCUUAUUGAGAAAGCCAUAGCAAAACUAAAGACCAACGAACAAGCAUCACGAAUUCCCAACGCGUUUAUCGCUUAUCGCAUGGCUUUUUGUAAAGAACUUCACUUAAUCAGACAUCCAGUGAUAACACAACCACAACUUUCGGCGUUGGCCAAACAAUCAUGGCUCAACGAAGAAGAACACGUACGACGAGAAUAUCAACGCAUUGCAAAAGAAGCCAAAGAUUUAUAUAUAAAAAUUUGCCAGGAACGUAAACCAUUUUUCAUUACAAGUGAAUAUCAAAAUAAGUCUUCAUUUAAUGACGAUCAUAAUCCUUCCAAUACGAAAGAUGAUAAUUCUUCUUCCAAUACGAAAAAUGACAUAGGCACAAUAGAAUUUGUGUUUUCGAAUUUGAGUAACUUGAGUGACUCUAAUUUUGACCUUUUUGAUGACAACGAAAUAUCUUUAUUACCAUCAUCUUCAAAACAACCUGUGACAAAAGAAAAACAAUCAGAUUCACAUGAAAACAUCUCUGCAUCCACUACUCCAAAUGUUACAAACAUACUCGAUACUGAUUUUCAAAAUAUCACAAAUAUAUUCAACACUGAUUCUCCAAUAAUAAAAGCUGACAAUUAUUUUUCCUUAGACUUCAACUUAGACACUCAACUCAUUGAUAAUCUAACACCGGAACUAUUGACCUCUCAAGCUUUAUUUUCUUCAAUUCUAUCCAUUCAAUCCGAUUUCCCUUCUGUUCCGAACCUCGAUAAUAGUAAUAGCAACAGUAAUACUACUGCUGUUAUUGCUAAUAAUAACGUAGAAUCUUCAAUAGUAAGUGACAAUACUUUGUCUUCAGCUGAAUAUAAUAAAUGCUGUAAAGAGAAAAUCGGCGUAUUAGAAAAUCGCGUUUCUAAAUUAGAGAAGAAAAUUGAGUCAUUGACAGACUUUAAAACUCCAAAUAAAAUCAAUGAUAUCAUGUCUGAACCGACAAAAAAAAUCGAAAUGAUGCCUAAAUCUAACUUGAAGCACUAA